UUUUUUUUUUUUUGAGAUGAUCUGUGCUACAUAUGUUGGGAUAAUAGUUUUUGGAAAUUUAUUUCCACGGGAAUCUAGUUAGUAACCCUAUAGUCAAAAGAGAAGAUUGUAAUAUUGUACUCCAAGUAUUAUUGUUUGGAGUGGGUAAAAUCGAGAUUAGGGGAGUGGCAAUCACUAGAAGAUAAUAAUGUGUGUUGGCGAUAUGUGGCCCGCGACAAAAAAUUGUAAAAUGACUAAUAAGUGAAUGCCACGUUGCUGCAUGACCUGGUAAUAUUAUUUCAACGUGUCUACUUGAAUUCACAUGCAUAACUCCGAAUUUUUAAGAUUUGUAUUUUGUAUAUAUACCAACGUUUUCAAUUUCAUACUAAUAUUUUUCCUUUUAAUCACCAAGUUGAGUACUAAUUAAUCUGUUAAAUCAGAAGUCGUUCAUUUCUCGUAAAAACAAGACAUCCCUUUUCCUUUAUUUAAUGUGGUGAAAGGGGAAAAAGAAAAAGAAACUAUGCAUUUCUACGGGCCUAAACAGAAGAAAAUAGAAAAAACUCCUUUCGUUCAGGUGCAUUGCACUUGCACUAUCUAUAAUCUACCUCGCCGUAAAAUUUACAGGAUUGACCUCUUUUACGAAACAAAGUCGAAAUAUUUAUACGAUUUACCUCAUUUACGAAAAAAAUGAACGAAAUUUUACAAAAAAACACGAUUAAAAAAAAAAAUUAUAGUACUACGAUUUUUCUCAUUUACGAAACGCUUGGAAAAAUUUACACGUACUUGCCUCAUUUACGAAACGUUGAAUAUGAGUGAUUUACCUCGUUUACGAAGGCAUUGAAUAUUGAGAAAUAUGGAGAAGUGAAAAUUAAUGCUACUAGAAUUAAAAAAGAGAAGAAAGUGAAAAAUGCUAGUCUGCUCACACCACCAGUCACCAGUACAUAAUGCUUUAGCAUAAACCCAAACUCCUCCUCCAUCUCUAUUUUUCCACCUUUUUUUCUUUUCUCUCUACGGACAAAUUCAUACACAUUAUCAUUUUCUUUAUAAUAUUAUUCCAGAUGAUGAACAAUUGCUUGAUCGGCGAUCAGAAGCUUUGAUCGGCGGCUGGAGACCUCCAUCUCGGUAAGCUAGAAGAAGUUGCCCAUUUUAUCAGGACAGUUGAUUACUUUGUUGGAGAGAGAUGGGAUUACCUCAAGUCUCAUCUUGUGAGGCAUCUGAAAGUGAACCUAGUCCUUUAGGGACAUUUGUUUAUACCAUACCACAAUAUGGUGGUGUUAAUGUGAGUGGGGUGUGUGUGGGAGCUGCAAACCAAACAUUUGGGGAUUCUAGAUAUUAUUCUUUGCCAGAUUUUCGGUGGAACACCUCAAAAUCUCCUGAUGGAUUUGAGAAAAGGUUUUUGGAUGCAGCACCUGAUAGUGUUCUCGAAAGGUUACCAUUUGAGGACUCAUCAACUCCUGAAACCAGGAGGAGUGUUCAACCCCCAAUUUCAAGGAUUGUUGGUUUCAACUGUUCUGAGAAAGAUGCGUCGUUUGACAGAUUAGAUGGUGUACGUAGCUAUUGUCAAUCUGCUUCGACAAAAUUCAGCCUUAAAGAAACUGAGUCCAGUGGACUUGUCAAGAAACGAAUGCUUUCUCCACUGAAUAAAAUGCUUCUCUAUCAACAAUUUGAUGGUGAUUCUUUGAAUAUUGGCAGCAGGAAUUUUCAGAAUAGUUGCCAUUCCAGUAAAGAUAGCAUUUCUUUAGCACAAGAUAGUAAAAAAGCAAAUGUUGGCAGCAAAAAUCACUCAACUAUGCCAAUCUGGUCCAUUUCUAAUUGUUCAGAACUAAAUGACAGGCUGUAUAAAUACAGCAAAACCACCUCAAUAUUUUUCACAGAUGGCCCUGUGUUGGAGGACAAGGAAGUAGUUCCAUUUCCAUAUGUACCUUCAUCCAUAACUGAUUCGUUAUCCAAACUAGGUGAGGUAGGGUCAGGGCCUAAGUCAGUACCUAUUAAACCAGGGUCUUACCCUCUGUCUUCGUCACCGCUUAGGCCAAGAUUUUCUGGACAAUUAGAAUCUUCAGUCAGGGUAAAGAGCAGUAAGAAAUUGGAGAUAUUGGAAAAGGUUGCAUGUUCUCUUGAUGAGAGCAUGUCGGGGGUGAUAUUUUCCUCUGAAGAAGAGGAGAGCAAUAGAAUAACAUGUGAGGAUACUGACAUUAUUCAUAGAGAAGCCCAAUCUUCUUCCUCAGAAACUAGAACUGGAAAACACUGGCCUUUCUUUCGAGAUCUUGAAAGUGUAAAUUGUAAAAGACUGGGGAAAAAUUUGCGGGGAUUUCCUGUCCGGAGGUCUUUGGUUGGGUCCUUUGAGGAGUCUCUGCUGUCUGGUCGACUUGCAUCGGGAAGAUUUAGUCAGAACAUAGAUGGUUUCCUUGCUAUACUUAGCAUAACAGGUGGAAAUUUCUCGCCAAAGUCACAGAAACUUCCAUUUGCAGUGACCAGUGUGGAUGGAGACCGCUAUUUAUUAUACUAUGCAUCUAUCGGUCUUGCUGGUAAUUCACGUUCAAAUAAGUGCAGGGGUAAAAAAGGGACUCUUGACAAUUGUGAUCCACAUAAUGGAAAGAGUCGUCUGCGUAUUCCUGUGAAAGGGUGCAUUCAGCUGGUCCUGAGCAAUCCCGAGAAGACACCAGUUCACACCUACUUAUGUAAUUACGACUUAACUGACAUGCCAGCUGGUACCAAGACAUUCUUGCGUCAGAAGGUGUUUCUUGCUUCCUCAGUCUCAGAUCCCCUUCAUGGAAGGGAAGAACAAAAAAUGUUUAGCAGAAAAGAUGAAAAGAAGGCCUCUCUGGUCUCAGACGAAAAUUGCAGUGGCAUGGACAAUCAGGUCUUAGGAUGCUAUUCAUGCCAGAAUGAUGAGGUCGAUGCUUCCUGCAGAACUGAGGUAAAGUGUGAACAUUUCUGUUCAAGGGUGACUGCAAAUGCAACGUCUGUUGGUGCUCUUCGUUAUGCUCUUCACCUACGAUUUGUUUGUACUCUCUCCAAAAGAAGUUCAAUAUCAGUGAGGCAAUCAGAUCCUUCUUUGGCUUCAGAAAGAAAUAAAACAGACACGCAGGAACAUAGAAGAUUUUAUCUGUACGAUGACUUGAAGGUUGUGUUUCCACAACGCCAUUCAGAUGCUGAUGAGGGAAAGUUGACCGUCGAAUACCACUUCCCCGAAGAUCCCAAGUACUUCGAUAUCAGCAGCUGAAGUAUCUGUUUCCGGUUAUGACUAUGUUUGUAGGUCUUUUAAUCUAAGCCACUGCUCUCUAUGGCGCUAACAUGUAAAGAAUGCAGGGGAAUAAGGUACACAAAAAUUUAAAUUAAUCAAAAAUAUGUGGUGUCUUUUCUACUACGCAUGUGUAAUGUUGCUGUUUGCUUCUCUUCAGCCUUAGGCUUAGGAUAUUGGGUUUCAUAAAUUCUUGCAACGUGUGGCGUGUCGCUGUAAAUUUGACGGGUUUGAACAUAGCAGAGUUUGGAUUCCCAUGUAGCCCUUGCUGUGUGCUGCAACCCCUAAAACGCUAUGCUUUGGUCUAGAACGAUGUCGUUUUGGAUCGAGAUAUUGCCAUUUCGGACACUGCAGGGGCACUGGGGAAUCCAAAUUCGAAGAUAGUCUUCUAUUGUAACUAGUAAGACUUGGUAAUAUGCGUGUUAUGUUGAACAAACAUCUCCCCUUCAAUGUAAAAAUAAAUAAAAAUUGAAAAGUUUAGAUGGUUA